AUGGGUGAAGAGGCUAAGAAUCAAAGUUCGGGAUCGGACCGCGUAAGGUCCUUCCUGGCCGGAAUUUGGCCAGGGAAACUUCGCUCAGCUAAGCAGAACCAUCUUGCCUGUUCUGAAGUCCUUCUCCCUAGUGAUUUGUUACAUCGCGCUGCUAGCGAAAUAGUCAAAGCCAGCGAGUGCGAGCCCUGCGGUGUCAGAGGGUGCACGAUUUACGUCGAAUUCGAACCGUCUUCGGGAAGCAAUUCUAGCGCAAAUAACUCAAAUGAUAAGAAAUCGCAAAAGAAAGUCAUCGCUUGCUUGAGACCGGACGAAUCGACGGUGUCCACAUUCGAGCUCUAUCUGACUCUCAAACAAGAGAACGGAUGGACGGAUAGGCUGCCCCAGUUUUUGAAAAACCUAACGCGGGGCGGAACGGUCGUGAUCAGCCCGGACUUCACACUGAGCAAGACACUGCUCUACCGUUCUUACCGGGACUCGUAAGUUGAAGAAACCAUCCAAAAAUAAUAAAAACAAAUUAUAUUACUUACAUCAUAAAAUAUAAUACACACGACUGUAUCAAGUGUACCUGCGUGCAGCAAUUUAAGAAGCGGCACUUAAUAAACUCUCGUGUCUAACAUGAGGGAAUCAAAUUUAAAAUAACAUUAAAAAAAA